CUCCGCGCCCCGCCCAGCGCCAUCCCCUCUCCGGUCUCUUAGGUGAUGCAGCAGCCAAGAUGGCGCCGACGGCGGGCGCGGCGGCCUGAGCGUGAUGCUCCCGGUCCUCGGCAGCAGCGGCAGCGGCUGUGGCCUUGGCCGGGGCCUCGGGUCCUUCCCGGACGUGAUCGCUCAGGCGCCUGUCCUCCGGCCGGGUUAACUAGGAGAAAGACAAGACGGCCAAGAAGAGAGGAGGCAGUGAGGAGCGGAGAGAGUGCGCGGCGCCGCCCGCCCCGGCACCAUGGCUGGGCUCAUCAAAAAACAGAUCCUGAAGCACCUCUCCAGCGAUCCCUGCUGGCUGUGGUGGAGAUUGGUGUGCUGUGAAUUUCAUAAUCACCCAAAUGAGUACCAGAGGAGUCUAAAGAAACCCUGGCAACUGACUACUUGCCAUCACCAGGAAUAGGGACCUUUUGUCUGAAUUUCCUGCCCUCAGUUCACAUUUUGUGAGAAGAUAUGACUCCAGAUAAAAUUUGCCUCAAGAAAUUCUGGUUUAGAAUCAAUGGAGAAGAAUGUGUAUAUUGAUUGAUAUUCUUGUUGGAUGUGUAAGGCAUAUUUACAAAAAAUUUAUCUCCUGACAAGAUAAAUCUAAGUACCCUCAAAGGAGAAGGUGAACUGAAGAAUUUGGAGUUGGAUGAAGAGGUGCUCCAGAAUAUGUUGGAUUUGCCAACAUGGCUUGCCAUCAACAAAGUUUUUUGUAAUAAAGCAUCAAUUAGGAUCCCAUGGACAAAACUGAAAACACAUCCCAUCUCUUUGUCCCUGGAUAAAGUAAUCAUGGAAAUGAGUACAUGUGAAGAACCACGAAAUCCUAAUGGCCCAUCUCCAAUUGCAACUGCUUCAGGACAGAGUGAAUAUGGCUUUGCUGAAAAAGUAGUUGAGGGAAUUUCUGUUUCUGUAAAUUCCAUUGUCAUCCGCAUUGGAGCAAAAGCCUUCAAUGCAUCCUUUGAACUUUCCCAGCUACGGAUCUAUAGCGUAAAUGCAAACUGGGAGCAUGGAGAUUUAAGAUUUACUCGUAUUCAGGAUCCCCAGAGAGGAGAGGUUUUGACAUUUAAAGAAAUAAAUUGGCAGAUGAUUCGAAUAGAGGCAGAUGCUACACAAAGUUCACAUCUUGAAAUUAUGUGUGCUCCUGUUCGGUUAAUAACCAACCAAUCAAAAAUCAGAGUUACACUUAAAAGAAGAUUAAAGGACUGUAAUGUCAUUGCAACAAAAUUAGUUCUAAUUUUGGAUGAUUUACUGUGGGUUUUAACGGAUUCCCAGUUGAAGGCUAUGGUACAAUAUGCAAAAUCUCUUAGUGAAGCAAUAGAAAAAUCAACAGAACAAAGGAAGACUAUGGCUCCUGAACCUACACAGAGCUCCACAGUAGCCCCAUCUACCCAGCAAGUGAAGACAUCACAGACUUCAAAUGCUCCUGAUUUAAAUGAUGCAAUUGUGAAACUAUUCAAUGACUUUGAUGUUAAAGAAACUUCCCAUCAUUUAGUGAUUUCUCAUCUAGAUCUACACAUAUGUGAUGAUAUUCAUGCUAAAGAAAAAGACUCAAACAGACGUAUUACUGGAGGGGCUAUGCAACUUUCAUUUACUCAGCUCACAAUAGAUUACUAUCCUUAUCACAAAGCAGGAGAUAGUUGCAAUCAUUGGAUGUAUUUUAGUGAUGCAACCAAAACAAAAAACGGAUGGGCCAACGAGUUGUUACAUGAAUUUGAGUGCAACGUUGAAAUGCUAAAACAGGCUGUAAAGGAUCAUAAUGUAGGUUCACCUCCUAAAUCCCCAACACAUGCCUCUCCCCAGCACACACAAACAGAGAAAGACUCAUCUCUGAAAGGAAUUUCCAAAACACCCUCAGUAUUAUGUCCACAAUCCAAAGCUAAGUUAAUGUCUAGUUCACUUGUGGUUAGACUUGCAGAUUUCAACAUAUACCAGGUCUCUACAGCAGAACAAUGUCGUUCUUCUCCCAAAAGUAUGAUUUCUUGCAAUAAAAAAUCCCUCUAUCUUCCACAAGAAAUGUCAGCUGUCUAUGUUGAGUUCACAGAAUACUACUAUCCAGAUGGAAAAGAUUUUCCAAUUCCAUCUCCCAACCUUUAUAGCCAGCUGAAUGCACUACAGUUUACUGUGGAUGAAAGAAGCAUUCUAUGGUUAAAUCAGUUUCUGCUGGAUUUAAAACAGAGUCUUAAUCAAUUUAUGGCUGUAUAUAAGUUGAAUGACAAUUCAAAAUCUGAUGAGCAUGUUGAUAUUCGAAUUGAUGGCUUAAUGCUAAAGUUUGUCAUUCCUUCUGAAGUGAAAUCUGAAUGUCAUCAAGAUCAGCCACAUGCAGUUUCUAUUCAGAGCUCUGAAAUGAUUGCCACAAAUACAAGGCACUGUCCAAAUUGUCGACAUACUGAUCUAGAAGCUUUGUUUCAAAACUUCAAAGAUUGUGAUUUCUUCAGUAAAACUUAUACCAGCUUCCCCAAAUCUGGUGACAAUUUUAAUGUUCUGCAUCCAAUUUUCCAGAGACAUGCUCAUGAACAGGAUACCAAAAUGCAUGAAGUUUAUAAAGGAAAUAUUACUCCCAAGUUGAAUAAACACACUCUUAAAACUGCUGCUGCCACAGAUGUUUGGGCUGUGUACUUUUCUCAAUUUUGGAUAGAUUAUGAAGGGAUGAAAAGUGGAAAAGGACGACCAAUAAAUUUUAUAGAUUCAUUCCCUCUUUCCAUUUGGAUCUGUCAGCCAAUAAGGUAUGCAGUGUCACAAAAAGAGCUGCAGACUUGCAAUCAGGUAUCUCUAAAUACAUCACAAAGUGAAUCUAGUGAUCUGACAGGCCGACUGAAGCGGAAAAAGCUCUUGAAGGAGUAUUAUAGUACAGAGUCUGAGCCCUUGACAAAUGGUAGUCAGAAAUCUUCAGAUUCAUUUUUAAGAUUUUCCUCUUCAUCAUCAGAUGCAGAUAUUCAUGUUCUGGUUCACAUUCAUAAACAUGUCAGUAUGCAGAUCAAUCACCACCAGUAUCUACUCCUGCUUUACCUCCAUGAGUCACUUAUUCUGCUUUUAGAGAACUUAAGGAAAGAUGUAGAAGCUGUGACUGGCAAUCCUGCUAGUCAAACAUCCAUUUGCAUUGGAAUUUUACUUAAAAGUGCAGAAGUAGCUCUUUUGCUACAUCCAGUGGAUCAAGCAAAUAUUCUUAAGUCUCCUGUUUCUGAAAAUGUGAGCCCACUGGUCCCUGAUGAUUUGCCAACAGAAAAUGAACAAUUUUUGUCUUCAAAGAGAAAACAAAUUAGUGAUGGUAUAAUUAAAAUUAGAAGUGUUACUCUUAAUCAUAUGUCAGACAACAGAUCUAUGAGUGUUGAUCUUAGCCAUGUCCCUUUGAAAGAUCCUUUGCUUUUUAAAUCAGCUAGUGAUACAAAUCUGCAAAAAGGUAUUUCGUUUCUGGAUUAUUUAUCAGAUAAAAAUUUAGGGAAAAUAAGUGAAGAUGAAAGUAGUGGAAUUGUUUGCAAAACUGGCUCAGGAGAAAUUGGAUCAGAAACAAGUGACAAAAAGGAUUCAUCUUACACAGAUUCAAAUAGUAUCUUAACCUAUGGAGAAGAUUCAAGUAUGUUGUCAUUUGAUAAUGAUGGUAAUCAAAAUAUACUUUCAAAUAGUUUAACUGGUAAAGGAAGUGAAACUAUAGAGUCAAUCUUUAAAGCUGAAGAUUUGCCUCCAGAAACAGCUUUACUCUCUGAGAACCUGGAUAUCAGUAAGGAAGAAGUACCCACAACUAGACCACUUAAAUUCCAGUCAUCUUUAAGUGGAAAGCCUAAAGAACCUUGCCCAACCAUGGCUCCUCUCUGUGUUUCUUAUAAUAAGAACAUGAAAAGAAGCUCCUCACAAACCUCACUGGACACCGUUUCACUUGACAGUAUGAUAUUGGAAGAGCAGUUGUUAGAAAGUGAUGGAAGUGACAGUCACAUAUUUUUGGAAAAAGGUAUUAAAAAGAACUCAACUACAAAUUACCAGAGCCCAGCAGAGAGUGCAAAUGCCAAUGCAAACCUACAGAGUUAUGAUGAAGCCUCUCCAGAUGCCAUUAGUACAAAUUCAGAGGGUGCUCAAGAAGAUCGUGAUGACCUGAUGUCAGUUGUGGUGUUUAAAAUUACUGGUGUUAAUGGGGAAAUUGACAUCCGAGGGGAAGAUACAGAAAUCUGUCUUCAAGUGGACCAAGUGACUCCAGAUCAGUUAGGCAAUCUCAGCCUUCGGCAUUAUGUUUGUAAUCGUCCAGUAGGUUCAGUUCAUAAAUCUGUAAUUCAUUCCAAAUCCUGUCCUGAGAUUACACUGAGAUUUGAAAGUGGACCUGGUGCUGUAAUACACUCUUCGCUUGCAGAAAAAAAUGGAUUUCUGCAAUGCCAUAUAGACAACUUUAGCACUGAGUUUCUUAUAUCUUCUCUUAUGAACAUUCAACAUUUUUUGGAAGAUGAAACUGUUGCAACAGUGAUGCCAAUGCAGAUACAAGUUUCUAACACAAAAAUAAAUUUAAAGGAUGAUAGCCCUCGUAGUAGUACAAUAUCCCUUGAAACAGCUCCUGUAACUGUUCAUAUUGACCAUCUUGUGGUAGAGAGAAAUGAUGAUGGCUCUUUUCAUAUCAGAGAUUCUCAGAUGCUUAACACUGGAAAUGAUUUGAAAGAAUAUGUCAAAUGUGAUUCAGUGCUGCUUACCAGUGGAAAGUAUGAUCUGAAGAAACAACACAGUGUCACUCAAGCUACUCAGACAAGUCCAGAGGUUCUUUGGCCUUCACAGUCAGUUAACUUUCCUGAGGGCUCCUUUGACUUUACUAGGGAACAGCUCAUGGAAGAGAAUGAAUCUCUUAAACAGGAAUUAGCUAAAGCUAAAACGGCUCUUGCAGAGGCUUACUUGGAAAAAGAUGCACUUCUUCAUCAUAUAAAGAAGAUGACAGUUGAAUAGCAGGAGUGGCAGUCAAAAAUUCUUUUAAACCUCUGCUGUAGGGGGUUUAUAUUUAUAAUGUUAUGUUACCAAUUAGUGGAAGACUCCUUGUCAUGAAGAGACAGUAAAAUGGAAUGGAAUGUGGUGAAGUGGUGACUAUUCCAAAGCCAGUUUAGAAAGUAUUAGGUACACGCAUUGCAAUCUUUUGAUUGUUUUGUAUUUGGGGGCUCAACCAUCUUUUAAACUGGUAUGACACAGGGAAGCCAAUACGUGCUGUAAAAUAAUUAUAUGCCUAAUGAAAAAAAGAUACCAUUUCCUAAUUUUGAUAAUCACAUUAUAGACAUUUUUUUUAAGAAAAAUGAAAACCUAUUGUGUUCUCACAGAUUGCUGAAUUUAUUUAUCACUAUUUAAUAAUGUACUAUUAUUUACAGAGAUUCAUAUGCUUUUAGGGCUAAUGUAAUAUAAAAGUAGGCUUACAUUUUAAAUGUUAUUAAAAUUAUGUACUUAAAUCUAUAAUUAUUUAAUUACUGUAAAGUUCAAUCAGAUUAAUAAAUUAUGUAAGUACUGGGUUUGAAAAUUCUGGAAAAUCAUCACCCUACUGAACUUAUAAAGUGACUUGAAAAUGUGAAAUAGAAAUCAUUUUAAAUGAUGGAUAAACUGUUAAAUUGAAGCUAUAAUUUUCAACAAAAAGAUGGUACAAAUGUAAAAAUAAAAAGCACAAACUAAAAAAUCAAAAAAUAUUAAGAGUAUAUGGCCAGCUGAUUUACAAACUUGUACAUUCCUUUAAACAUUUAUUGUUAGAAGUAAAAGAGUAAUUUAUCCUGCUGAAUUCGGCAGCAUUUCUUAACUACAUGAAUUUUAACUAUAUUACUUCUUUACCUUCAUCUUUCCUCUAUUUAAGGAAGGAAGUGUUUUCAGAGAAUUUUCUUUUCAUAUACAUUAAACAAUUUCAUACCAUUCUUACAGUAUCAUAUUAGGUAGAUGUUUGCACAUACUGAAUUUAUAAAGCUAGUUUUGACUAAAGUUCUAUUUGACAUCUUCUAUAAGAAUAAUUGGUAAUUUUAAAUUCUAUUUUCUAGGGAUUAAGAUUGAAACCAGCAUGAGAGAGAAUAUCAGUCAUGCAUUAUGAAAUAAAAGUUCGAUUUGAAAUACAUUCCUGAUAGAACUAAAUGAAGUGAAGUCUAUUCUAAAAUCCACUUUCUUUAAACAAAUACAUCUAAGAUACAGCAUGAAAGGUCAGGCUAGUCUUUCUCUAAGGUACUUGAAAAUCUUAAGCCACAUUAUGACAUGUUAUGGUGCUGUGCUUGUUUGGCAUGACAUAGACAUCCCUUUAUCUGAGUAUCUGGAUGAAACUUUGUGUUUCAAUUAAAUUAUGUGUUGGAGUGAUUUAGAUUUUAUUGAAAAUAGUACAGGCCUUUCUUUCCCUUUGAUAACAUACAUUUUCUUUGAUGCUAUUUAAAACUACAGACACUGUUUUGGGAGCUAAGUAGCAAAGAACAUUAAAUUGUUAAUAAUUUUACCUCAGUAAUAAACCACGUCAAUCUAAAACAUAUGAGUCUUAGAUUAACAGAUAUGGUUCUAAUUAAAGAUUUCAAGUGUAUAGCUUAUAUUUUUAGAUUACUUUGAUCUAUAGAUACAUAUUCUACAAUAACAGUCUAUAAUAGAUAAGCAAAAUUGGUGGGACAUUAACUUCCAGAGUUGACAACGUUUCUCAGGAUCGACCUAUUUGCUCCAUAUAAAUUUUUAAUUUAUGAUAUUGUUUUGUGUUAUAGAAGCUGAAUAUUUUCCUUAUGCCUUUUUGAUAUAUUUGGCAUUCUCAAGAAAAUCAUAGAAGCAGUAGAGAGGAUGAUAAUAAGGAUAUGCACAUUCUGUAUGCUUUGUUGGAUUUUUAAAAAUUUACAGUGACUGCUAUUUUUAUAAAGAUUUAAAAUUCAUAGAAACACUUCCAAAAACAUAUCUCAUGUAAAUUCCACAACAAACCUGGGAGGUAGGUAUUAUUUACAUUUUAUAAGUUAAGUAAACCCCAAGACUCAGAAAGAGCCAGUGACUUGACUGAAAUCACAAUAACCUGCUCUUUUGACUGAAAUCCCAGUAUAUGCUUUUAUUUUACCUUAGUCAUUAAUUCACAGAGGUGGGGAGAGGAAUCAUUACUGUCUUUUAUCUGUUUUUCUUUUAAAGAUAAAAUAUACUUUUAAUAGUG